UAUAUUUCAAAAAGAAAUUAAUAAAUAUCUUACCAAAAAGCAAAAAUGGAAACCAACCGGAAAAAGAGUUCCUUUUUCUUCGCUCUUCUCUCUUGAGCGACGCGGCCCAGAGUCUCUUCGUCGGCGGAAAAAUGAGCGCCCCGGCAGCUACUCAGCUCCUCGAUCCCCACAGUGCUCGAGCUCUCGUCGACUCUGUCGAAGCUUUCCUCUUCGAUUGCGAUGGCGUGAUCUGGAAGGGCGACAAGCUCAUCGAUGGCGUCCCUGAAACUCUCGAUUUGCUCCGUUCCAAGGGGAAGAAACUAGUAUUCGUCACCAAUAAUUCCACCAAGUCCAGACGCCAAUACGCCGCCAAGUUCCAUUCACUCGGCAUCUCAGUUAGCGAGGAUGAGAUUUUCUCGUCCUCUUUCGCCGCGGCGAUGUACUUGAAGGUUAAGGAAUUCCCACCGGAAAAGAAGGUGUAUGUGAUAGGCAUGGAAGGAAUAGUGAAAGAAUUGGAGCAGGCUGGCUUUACAGCCAUUGGAGGGCCGGAAGAUGCUGAAAAAAGAGCAGAAUGGAAAUCAAAUACUCUCUUCGAACACGAUAAAAGUGUUGGAGCAGUUGUUGUAGGAUUGGAUCCCUAUGUAAACUACCACAAACUCCAGUACGCAACCCUUUGCGUGCGUGAGAAUCCAGGUUGCCUUUUCAUCGCCACAAACCAAGAUGCAGUUGGCCACAUGACUGAUUUACAAGAGUGGCCCGGUGCUGGCUGUAUGGUUGCUGCCUUGCGUGGCUCAACUGAAAGAGAGCCUAUUGUAGUUGGAAAACCCUCCACCUUUAUGAUGGACUUCCUAUUACAGAAGUUUAACAUCAGUACCUCGAAAAUGUGUAUGGUGGGUGAUAGACUGGACACUGAUAUCUUAUUUGGACAAAGCUCUGGCUGCAAGACUCUCCUUGUUCUCUCAGGUGUAACGACUGAAACCCUUCUGCACAGCCCAUCGAACCAGAUCAAACCAGAUUAUUACACAACUCAAGUGUCUGACUUUAUUGGAUUUCUUGGAUCCUAAGUCAUAACUUAUUCCUUGGGGAAGACAGUUUAUGAAAAAAUUUGUGGGGAGCUUACCCCCAAACCGAGGUUAGUUAUUCAUCCUCUGACAUGACCACAUUGUGUAUGACCAUAAAUGGGGGUUAUUUGUAACAUUGACCAUGAAAUGCAAGAGGAAAAUAAAGGUGUGAUGUUAAC